CAAACCACGCACUCCACAGAAGGAGGACAAAGUCUCGGCUUCUUUUCGCUCCGUAAUUUACGCACUAACCUCAAGCAUUUGCCAAAUGGCUUUCAAGCUGAUUGCUGUAGUCUCCUGCCUCCUGGCCGCCGCCUCCGCGGGUCUCAUCCCCCUGGAGCAGCACGAGCAGUACCAGGCCCACCAGCCGCAGCACGUGAUCUACCAGAAGCCCCACGACAUCCAUGGCCACGCUCAUGCCCACGAGGUGUACCCCGAUGACCCGCAUCCCAAGUACAACUUCGCCUACGAUGUCCAGGAUGCCCUCUCCGGCGAUUCCAAGAGCCAGGUGGAGUCCCGUGAUGGGGAUGUCGUCCAGGGCGAGUACUCUCUGGAUGAUGCCGAUGGUUUCCGCAGGACUGUGAAGUACACGGCCGAUUCCGUCAACGGAUUCAACGCCGUCGUCCACCGUGAGCCACUGGCCCAUGUGCACCACAAAGUGGUGGCAGCUGCCCCGGUACAGUACCAUCAUGCUCCUGCUCCCGCUCCCGCUGUGAUCAAGACCUACGCCGCUCCCGCUCAUGCUCCUGCUUAUGUGGCUCCUGCCUAUACCGCCGCCACCCCAGCUUACACUGCUCCUGCCUACACCGCCCACCACGAGCACCAGCUGGAGCAGCACCAGCCAGAGCCUGAGCACCAGCAGCACCACUACGCCAGCUACGAGUCUCCCGCCCACUCCCAGGCCGCCCAUGAAGGUCACGAGUACUACCACCACCAGUAAUUACCAUCCAGGGAUUCUCCACGCUCCAGAUCUUCAGACAAGCGAAAGUAUUAGCCGCAUCCACUCCAUCCUGAAAAUUAAUUCAGAACAUCUUUCUACAUUUAAGUUUUGUUAAGUUUUAUCUUUAAUGUAAAUAUUUCUAAUAAACUUUCUACACGUCUAUUAUAUGAAA